GGUCAGAACAGUCUCACAACCCUUCAUCGCUUCAUGCAUCAUUAGUCGGGUGUUUUUAAAGUGUGUGAAGAUCAGUAUUUUCUCACAGAAUGCAGUUAUUCAUGAUAACGGCAGCGUUGCUGCACAUCGGUCUGUGCGAUCAUGUAGCUGUCAAGAUGCCGUACUUGAAUCCAGCUGGGGUUACCUAUGUGAACAACUUUCAGGAAGUACCCCUUGCAUAUACCUCCGUUACGCCAGUACAGACGGUCGCGGCGCAUCUUCCGUAUAUAGCGCCCGCACAGAUUGAAACGCAUCACGUCGGAUAUGCGACCGCUCAAGUGCCCGCGGUAGCCACGGUGCCUUUCGUCAAGCACGUGCCGACGAUAUCCCAAGUACCGGUUACCACGAUCGAAGCUCAACCAGGUUUACUACAGAAACAGGUUGACGUGGUAAAGCCUGCGGUUACCACUCGAAAGAUUGAGGUACGUCGCCCAGCGAUCCAAAAACAAUUUUACGAUAUUGAAGAACGAGUAAUUAUCCGUCCAGCUGGAUCAGCCGUAGUUGAACUCGACGAGCCGACAUCCAAGAUACAGAAGGGAUCGGCCGUGAUUCAGUCUGUAACUAACAAUCUACCUCUAACUUAUCCUCAAGUCCACGGCAUCUAUGCUCAUGCCGGCGCUGUCGCCGACGCACCGGCUGCACCAGCCGCCAUUCCCGUAAUUGCACACGCACCGGUCCACGUUACGGUCGCGCCUGUCAUCUCUCACGCACCGAUAAUUCAUGCGACACCGUCACCUCUGUUACUUCCUUCGUCAACACCUACGCCCAUCACUUCCGGUUCUAACAGCUUGGAGAACGAAUCCAUUGUAGUUGAAAACCCUGACUUCCGCAACGUUGCCAAUCAAGCGCGCCUUCUUCAGUUUCGCAUUUCUAAGCCUCAUGUGAUUGCCGAAUCAAAUGGAGCACCCAUAGAUGUGCCUAACACGCGAUUAGCCGCUCACGAUCUUUCUCCAGUUGUAAUACCUAGUCAAAAACUCAGUGCCGAGAAUAGUAAAAUCAAUCAAAAUAGACUAAUUGAACUCCUAACUGCUCGUGGCGGUGUUGCCGAGUUGGGUUUUAAUCGUGACGAUACAACUGGAACAUUGAUUGGAGACGCCGGGCAUGUCCGAGCACGUGUUCUUUCCGCGACGCCAACUCCGGAACACGCAGAGCCGACCGGAGAACGCGUUUCCACUCGUCGUAUUGUUAUCAGUAAACCGAUCGAAACUUUUCAGGAAUACGAUAUCGUGGAGCCUGCCACGAAAAUCGAAAGAGUCUCCGUGCAGCAACCUACGUUGAUCAAGACCGCUCGUGUGGAUCAUGUGCAAGUGCACGGAUCCAUACCGAUCGUUGGGAAGGCCCUCACGUCCGCAGUGGCUCACGCAGCAAUCCCGGUUUAUCAGAAAACUAUCUCUUCGGCGUUCUAAUAUAUUAUCAUAAAACGGAAAUUUUAUAUUUUUUGACAGACUUUAAUGUGUAAAAUUUUUAUAUUAUAACAUAAAAAAAGAGAUACAAAAAAUUGAAAGAUAUUAAUGCAAAUCUUUCUAGAGUUAAUAAAAAGUUGCGCUAAUAAAGAAAUAUUUUUUCUUA